GACGCCGGUUCUCUCACUUGUUGAGUGUCGAGCGACGAACUGGGUCCUACCGUUCGUUCACAGCGACCGGUAGAGCCGACGGUCGCGUGUUUUUCCCGCGGACGACAGACCGACAGGGCAGGGCACGACACGACACGACACGACACGACACAAGAUCGUACGAUCGUCGAUCCGAGCGUGUGACGCGCGUGCGCUUCCCAGGUACAUAGUCAUUCCAUGAUCGCUGCGAGUGAAGUGCGUGCGUCGCAUCGGCACAGUGCUGACCGAUUGAUCGGUGGAUCUGUGGAUCUGCGACUGGAUCAGUGACCGGCGGUUCUCCCGAGGGACCACGAGGUGCUCACGUUGUUACCGCAUUUUUACCUCGUCAGCUGUGAUUAAGGCGAUGAACGGUUCUUUGAUCUCCCAUCGAUUUUCAAGUACUGCGAUUCCACCGAUCGAUCGAUACGUCGAUCGUCUGCCGACGGUGAUCCGUCGAUGGGUCCGGUGAUCUACAAAUCGCGGUAUCGAUGGAACCAACCGGACCAACCGGGUACCAAGCUGCCAGAGGGUACCUCGUUACCGAAUUGUUGUUGUCGCGAUUGUUCCGACCGUUGCAUAAUGUGAUUACAUAAGACGAAGUUGAUUCCGCAGAUUCAGUACAGAAAAACGCGAGAUCGAACAGAGAGCGUGGCAUUUCUAUUUCGAUUUUGGUGAGGUGUUUUGGAGUAUCUAGAGUUUAACGGGAAAAUAUGCGGGAAAGUGUGAGAACUGAGACGAUCGUUUGGUACAUCGACUAGCCGACGGUUUUGCUAGUGGUUGCUGUGCAAUUUUGUCGUCGCGACAGUAAACGAGACGCAUCCGAUAACGCGAAUCGAUAAGCACGCGACUACGGCCUCGCGGUUCGAAUUUCGCGCGCCAAAGUGCACGUGUGCCGAAGAGCGACGAUGGCGAUGAAGAGCCGGAAACAGUACACCGGGCCCGGCUUCGGAUCAAAGAGUCAUUAUCCUGCGAUCAGUCAGGCGUACUGGGCACCGCAGCCGCAAAAUGUACCAUAUUCUGUUCCAGAACGCAAGCUGUUCGUCGGCAUGCUGUCGAAGAAGUUCACCGAGAACGACGUGCGGAACAUGUUCAGCGUCUACGGGACUAUCGAAGAGUGUUCGGUGCUGAGGGAUAGCACCGGGAAGAGUAAAGCCUGUGCCUUCGUUACCUUCGCCAGUAAACAGUACGCCAUCAACGCCAUUAAGGCUCUUCACCAUUCGCAAACAAUGGAGGGAUGCUCGUCGCCGUUGGUAGUCAAAUUCGCAGACACGCAGAAGGAAAAAGAUCAGAAGAGGAUGCAACAACUCCAGACGAAUCUUUGGAAUAUAGCCGGAGUCAACAUGCCGCCGCAUUACCUGACCAACGAUACGCCUACUCUGCCACCCACCUCGUUGCAACUGUUGCAACAACUUCAGGCGACGACCAGCGCAGCGACUCCGGUUGCAGCAGGUGCUGGCGCGAGUGCUCUGUCGAACGUUCAACACCAAUUAUUGUUGCAACAACACCUCGGCCUCGGUGCAGCGACCCCUGCGCACGCUGCUGCGCCUGCAGUGCCCAGUCCACCUGAGAUCAACCCCGCGAAUCUUCAAGGAUUGGCUACCUUGGCGUCGUUGAGCAACACCGCCGGUGAGUAUGCGAACGCAGGAGUUGCUCCGAUGAGUAUGCAGAAUCUUGUCACGCUGGCAGCCAUGACCGGUGGGAAUAGCAACCUUCAAGUGUCGCCAAACACGUUAAGCGGACUGGCGAAUUCGACAGCAGGUAUGUCGCUAUCUGUCCUUCUUGGAAAGACCGGGAACACAGGGUCCACUGGUGGCAGCCUGAGUCCUGUGACAUCCCUGGCGCUGAACUCCUUGACGGGGACACCAUUAAACGGACUGCAAGACUCGUUGAGCAACGCCUAUUCAAGCUUACAACAAUACGCGGGGUUCCCGGCGUUCACUGCGGCGGCGGCUGCGGCUGCGGCAGCAGCUCAGAAAGCGAAAUUUGUCACCACCGACAAGCAGAUAGAGGGUCCCGAGGGCUGCAACCUCUUCAUCUACCAUUUACCGCAAGAGUUCAGCGAUACCGACCUCGUCACAACGUUUCUGCCGUUUGGGAACGUGAUCUCCGCCAAGGUGUUCAUCGACAAGCAAACACUACUGAGCAAAUGCUUCGGGUUCGUGUCGUACGACAACGCGGCGAGUGCACAAGCAGCGAUUCAGGCGAUGAACGGUUUCCAGGUUGGCAUGAAACGGCUGAAGGUCCAGCUGAAACGAUCCAAGGACGCAUCGAAACCCUAUUAGCCGCCGUCGCCCACCGUUUGUAGCAGGUGGCCUGUGACGUUGUGACCGUGUUCUCGAUCGGAGUCGCCGUGCCAUGUCAGUCUCAGUCAGUCAAAUCGGUCAAUCGUUCGAUCGAUCAGUCACGACUCCUUGGUCAGCCUCUUGAUCAGUCAUUCUGUGUCUGUCGGUGCCUGUGCACAUCCGCCCGCUGUCUCCCGGUACCCGUUAGGGUAUCGUCGCACCUACAACAAAACCGUUUCCGUAUUCAUCCCGAUCUCUCUGGCCUGCCCCCGAUCCCGAUAUCCCGUCACACAGAGGAAAAUCCAGCAAAAGCCAAAAACAAACAAACAAAAAAAAAACGCCAAAAAACGAAACAAAACAAAAGAAAGAGAAAGAAUCCCGAGGCAAAAGAGAACAACCGAAUCCAUCCACCUACGAGCUACCUCCAGCGUUUUUAUUCCGCGUAGAUCGCGACACCACGGUCGUAAACGUCCGGUCUCCUUUAUCGGAUUGUCGAUUGGCUCGCCGAUUGUUGAUCGUGGCACGCGUGUAACGGCACCCCUAACCGCCAUUAUGCGAUAGAACCCGUUAGACAGAGAGAGAAGAGAAUAUCCCCAUGGCGAGAGAUUGUCCAUCGGAGCUGCUGGAUCCGAAGGUGGCCGCGUCGUGGGACUCGAGAAAUAGAUCCCGACCGAGAGAGAGCAGCGGGGACCGGUCAUCGUCCAAGUCGGGGAUGUGUCUCUCGGUGAAAGUUGAAAACCGCAAAACGAAAACGAAUGCCAACGGAUGCGAAAAUUGUGUAGCGGAAGCGGAAGUCGGCAGACAUCGGCGCACUGUGUUUUUAUGUUCCUCGGGCUGAACUGUGACACACACGCUAUAUCUAUCUUUAAUUCUAUUUGUUUCUUUGUACGUGUACAUAUUCGGAGUACGCGAGCCUAUUCCGCGUACACCCUGAUCAUUGAUAUCUCUCUGUGCUGUGCGUGUGUAUGUAAAUGCGUCCGAUCGAUAAUAUAGUGCAGCAGUUCUUGUUCGCGAUAACGGGACUAAAAUACGCCGAUCACCGACGAAACGGAGAUAACCAGGGACGAGACGAUUCUACGGAUCGCGUCCGAUCCCCCUCGUAUGGAUCUUUAAUGUAAGAUUAAUCUCGCGUACAAUCACUAACUAAACUAAUCGUCGAAGGGGUCGGACGUACAGCGAGCCCCCGGAACGGGGCGUACCUUGUACCAUAAUAACGAGAGAGAGUUACGCUAUCUGCACGGCUGUAAUUAAUUAGCAAACUAUACCGAGAAUCGAUGUUUUUGGAUCGACUCGCUUUUUUUCGGGAUCGCUGUUCGGCGUCGCGAACGAAAGAACGCCUGUUCAUAUGUAGAUAACACGGCUGAAUAUCGAGUUGUAGUAAAAAGCGGAAAAGCGAAAAAGCGUAGGACAAUGAUAAGGGAUAAGGGAACCCGAGACACACGCGUGAACCGAGGUCAACGCGAUCCCGAGUCACGCUCGUUUCUCGCACCGUUCGUCGAUCGCGACGGUGCGCGACGACGCGCGACGGUGUAGUAAAGGUGUAAAGAUUACCAAAAAAAAGAACCAAAAAAAGAAAAAGACAAAGCAGAUAGAACAAGGGAUAGAAAAGUUAUGUAGGAGAGACGAUACAUAAGUAGCAUUUUUUAAUGACUUUGUGAUAACGUUGUACCGUAUAUAGGAUUGGACUAGGGUCGCUUUUCAAUCUGUGUAUGUGUGAGUAUGUAUGCGGGUGUGCGAGUGUACGUGUGUUGUACGUAUGCGCGAGAAUCUGUGAACGAUUCGGCGAGUGUGUGACCAGAUGCGUGGGCAUGAGGAACUUAACGAUGACAAAUUUUCGGAAACGAGUGUUUUCUCAUCAGUGGGCAACUCGCUAACCGCGCGCACGCAGUCGUUCUCUAUCUUUCUAUUUUUCCUCUUUUUUUUCUCUUUUUUGCAUCGGCCGUACCAAACAGCAUAUAUCUUUGUCGUUUAUUCGUGUUUUAUGAUCUCUGUGUUUGGCUUCAAACCUUGACGGAUGUGUGCCCAUCGAAAGGAACGAUGACCCGUACCAUUCAGGAGAUUUUUUUCCAGGAAAGACCAACCUUGGGUCGGUAACUAUUCUCGUCGUAGAUUACAUACGACCAUCUCUGCCAACUUGGUUUUAUCUCUGUCUGGUGUCUCACGUUGAAACGGAGAGCACAGAGACACGGCUAGAACCGUUUCUUUUAUUUGAAUCCUCGAAAUGUGAAACGUUUCGAAUCGAGAACGUACGCGAUCGUCGUUACCGAUUAGCUCGAUUUAGGUACUUAAUUUUUUCGUGAAAUCGCAGUGAUUAUUUUUUACAUUGGAGAAAAGAAGAAAUCGGAGAGUUCGAGAACAGUUAUUGGAAUCUAUACCCGUAUAAGAAAUUUCAAGUAACGAUGCUAAAACUUUGAAAGCGAAAUAUAGAAUUGAGUGCUUGCUUCGGUUUGUGAAACCGACUGAAACAUUGAACUGAUCAUUUAUUUUACGUUAAGUGUUUACGCUUAGCCGUAUUAACGAGACAAAUUUUUUUAGGGAAUGCAAUGAAAUUAUUUUUUAUAUCGACUCGGAAAGUUAUAAAAGAGAGUAAUCGCAGGAUAGUAACGGAGAGAAUAGACGACAGCGUUUGUUAGGAAUAUUUGUCACGGUAAUACGGUUAAGACCGUUUAAUGUUAACGCGAGAAACGAAAGCAGCCGACGCGUCGGAAAUUUAAGCGGACGCGACUCUCUAUCUCUUUCUCUUCUCCAUCGAUUCGCUUCCGCGAAUCGUCAAUUUCGCUGCGCUUUUUUCUUCUUUCCUUUUCGCGAUUCAAGGGAUCCUUUCAGUUCGAGGCCGCAGCUAUAAUUUGCUUCACAUUGUGCGCUUGUUUCUUGAACUUGAAACAAGCUGUUUUCAGAUACGAUGACAUAAUUCACACGCACGCGUCAAACCAAAUCAACGGAGACGCGACCGACGCCGAUCAAUUAGACGAUUUCUGCGAUACAUCGGGACAUACGAUGCGUAGCUCCACUAAAAACUGAUUCGUGCGCAUUUUGUAACAUAUGAAAAGCGUUCGGGAAAAUAGUGAAUCGAAUUCACGAUUAAAAUCGUUUGAUCUCGAUCGAGCAAAUAUUACUGUCCUUAAAAAUCGACAAACUCACGAUCGCGAAGUACAGAUUCAAAUUUUAAUCUGAAUGUUGCAUGUAGUUAUUGUCGAACACAUCAGUUUUUAAUGGGUCGAUCGGUACGUCGACGAAGUUCGGUCGCAUCGCGCUCCGUGCAAAUUACCAAAGACAUCUCUUUAACGAAAAUCCAUGCAUGUACUUAUGCACCAUGAGCGACUAAUUCCUCAGAGAUACAUUGUUCAGCCGAGAAAGAUUUUACUUAACACGAGAAUGAAUCACGUCCUUGAGUCUUACGUCCCGCGUAAGUACAAGUGGAGUACCUAGUCAAAAGUAACAUUUACGAUUUAAUAUGUCACCAUUUAUGUUCGUGUCAUCUUCUCACCGCAUACUUUUUCUGGCACGCGCGUUAACUUCGUUGUUUAAUGCUACUAUUAAUUAUUCGUUAUCACCACGAUCACCAUUAUUAUUGUCAUUAUUAUUAUUAUUAUUAUUAUUGCUAUAUUCACCUUUAUCAACGAUUAUCCUUAUCCUUAUUAUUAUUACAAUUUAUUGCUAUCGCUGUCGAUAGAUUAUUAAUAUUAUAUGAUGACGUAAUUAUUAUUAUCGCUAUGAUUCUUGGUGGUAUCGUUACUAUUAAAAUCUAUUAUUAUCCUUAAUGUUACUUUUGUAUCUAUUAUUAUUAUUAUUAUGAUUAUGAUUAUGAUUAUUAUUAUUAUUAUUAUUAAUAUUAUUAUUAUUAUUAUUAAUAUUAUUAAUAUUAUCCGCGAUUUGUAGCAAUGGUGAUUACGAUUAUCCAUGUAUUAUUACCUUUUUGUUGAUGUUGAACGUUUAAUGUUAGACAAUUGUUACGAGGCCGCGCGAUUCUUUUUUCGCGAUCGCGGUCGCAUGAAAUUUUUGUAUCGAUUUUUACAAAACCCUGAUCGAAGGAGCCGAAGCGGACACGGGGAUCACUCGUGUCGAUGUACUUAAUUCACAGUCAAUUGUUUUACUUUACGAAUUAUCACAUUUUAAACGAUCGGAGCAUCUUUUAACCGUGCUUCAUAGAGAAAAAAGCUUGCGAGGAUCGAUUCGAGCAAAACGAAAAACACGCAUGCGUUAAUGCGAACCGAUUGAUUGCAUUCGAAUCAAAUUAUUACCCGACAGUCGAGUGAAAACCAUAUGACGUGAUCCUGUUCGUCCUGCGUCAUCGUAACUACCAUUACUAUCAGUACCAACGUAAUUUAUCAUUACCACUAGAGUAUACGUAUUUUUUUUUUGUUUUAAAUAUGCAAGAGAGACACGCGCAAUUUAUGCGACGAUCUACGUUUUUUGGAUGUAUAACGUCUACUUGCAAAUGUUAACAGAUUACGAUACUUUAUUUUGCUGUUUUA